AUGGGAAAAGAUAAUGUGGUUGCCUGGACUCUCAUUUUCUUAUGCCUGGGCCUCUUUUGUUAUGUAGUUGUUGAAGCUAAAAGGGAGGGGAGGUUUUUGAGUGAUGGAAGUCAUGGUCUGGGCAAUGGGUACCAAAAUAAGUAUCAUGAAGAGGCUGGACAUGGUGGCAUUGGGGCCGGUGCUUAUGGAGGAGGCUCUGGAGGUGGUGGUGGAGGUGGUUCUGGUUCUGGCUCUGGCUAUGGUGGUGUUGGGAGUGGAUAUGGAUCAGGUUCGGGUGGUGGUUCAGGUUUUGGCUCUGGGGGCAUGAAUGGAGGAGAAGAGGGAGGAAAUGGUGGUGGUGGUGGUAAUCAUGGGUCAGGUGAUGGCACUGGCGGUGGUUAUGGUAGUGGAGGUGGUGGUGGCUCUGGAGGGGGAGGUGGCUCUGGCUAUGGCCCUGGUACGGGCCAAGGUGGUGGAUAUGGUUCAGGUGGUGGAAAUGGAGGUGGAUUUGGCAGCGGAUGGAAUGGUGGAGGCUACUGUUCUGGUGGUGGAGGGGGUGGUGGCUCUGGUUCUGGGUCUGGUUGGGAUGGUAAUGGUAGACAUGGAUAUGGCUCAGGGUCAGGGUCAGGGUAUGGUGGUGGUAUUGGUGGAGGGUCAGGCGGUGGGGGCGGUGGAGGGUCAGGUGGUGGGGGCGGCGGAGGUUCAGGAGGUGGUGGUGAAGCACAUGGUGGUCAUGAGGGGGGUUAUGGUUCUGGUUCUGGGUCUGGAUAUGGGUCUGGGGAGGGUCAUGGAGGCAGCUCCUAUGCAGCUCCAGGCAAAAAUUACUGA